AUGGUCGGCGGGCGUUUUGAUGGCGACGCCCGUUGGGACUGUCAAGUGCAGGUGGGCGUGGUGCUUGAUUUGGCCUUUAACUUGCGACGGGUGGGCGUGGAGGAUCAACCAAUUAACCAACCUUCUCCCCCCCCACAGGAAGUCCGCGACCUGCUGUCAGGCUACCUGGUGCACAGCGUUCAGAUCACGCCCUCCAACGGCACGGCGCGCGUCCUGCUGGCGGAACCGGAGGUGCUGGAGACGUGGGCCAAGUCGUCGCAGCACACCUUCCGGGGGCACAAGGUCACCAUCUCGCCCUCCAACACAGAGGGCCUGCUGUGCGUCUCCAGGCUGCCCCUCGACCACACCGAGGAGGAGUUUGCCGGCCUCGUGGGCGCGCUGGGGGAGGUGUCCUACUGCUUCCUCAUGCGCUCCGAGAAGACAGGAGAGAGCAAAGGCUACGGCUUCGUGGAGUACGUGACGAAGGAGGUGGCGCUGCAGGCGAAGUCGGUGCUGGACGGGCGCGAGACGAGGGACACGGUGCUGGUCUGUGAUUGGCUGGACCCGAGUCACGUGACCUUCGCCUCCUUGCACUCCACCUGCCUCUACGUCGACCAGCUGCCGAAGGACUACCGCGACAUGGGCGAAUUCCGUCGGAUUUUCAGCAAGGUCACCAACCCUCCGUACUGCCAGAUUGCCAUGCGGAACGGCGCCCUCCAGGACUGGGGUCUGGUGGAGUUCAUCAGCGCAGAGGACGCCGAGGAGACGCAGUCGUCGCUGCACAACUACGUCCUUCGGGGCCAGAGACUCCGCGUCCAGUACUGCAUCCCCGGCGUGAGGGCCAUCAACAUCUAUAUGAAGAUCCUGAGCGACCCGGGUCUGAAGAAGAAAUCGGCGCUGCUUCCCGAGCCGCCGGCCAACAAGGUCUUCUCCCAGCUGCAGAAUCUCACCAAACACAACCCUGCGUUCGCCACCAGCCUGCAGAACAUCAUCCUGACGCAGAUCCAGUCGCUGGGGGUGAAUCCCGGGGAGGGCGGCCCCCCCGUGCCGCCCCCCCCCCCGGCCCUCCCCGGGGGCCGAGGCCCCCCACCAGCACGAGUUCGGUGCGCCCCCCCCAGCCGCCCCCGCGGCCGGCGUCCCCCUCCAGCGCCACCGUGCUCAACACCAACGCGCAGGCCGCCCUCGUCAUCCUGCUGGCCGCCCAGAUGCAGCUCCAGCAGCAGCAGCAGAGCCAGCAGCAGCAGUCGCAGCAGCAGGGCGCCCCCGGCGGGGCGAACCUGCUGGCCAGCCCGCACGUGCUCAACCUGUUGCAGUCGCUGGUGCAGCAAGGCGACCCGCAGGCUACGCCCCACCGCGCGCCCGCGCCCGAGGCCACCAACGGCUACUCGAAGCCGCAGGGCGCCGCCGCCAGCGCCGCCAGCAACGCCGCUGCUGCCGACGCCCGGCUCGGGAGGCUACGGCGCCGGGUCGUGGGAGGAGGGCGCGCCGGCGGCCGGCGGGGGCGAGGGCGAGAACGGCCUAACGCCCCUCCUGUCGGGGCUGCUGACCAGCCUGCCCGGCCUGGCCACCCCGAAGGCCACCAAGGACGACCUGCAGGGCACCAUCUCCACGCUGCUCUCCAACGCCCACAGCCUGCAGCAGCUGCUCGGCACCCUCACCGCCAACGAGCAGCAGCCGCCGCCACAGCAGCAGCAGCAGCACCCGCAGCAGCUGCAGCAGCAGCCGCAGGCGCAGGUGCCGCCGCCCGCGCCGCCCCUGGACGCGAGCCACGCGGCGCUGGUGUCGGCGGCGACGCUGCUGCCGCCGCCGCACAUCAGCACGUCGGCCCCGCCCCCCAUGUACCCCUCCAGCCCCCUCAUGUCCAUGCUGCUGACGGCGGCGGCGCAGCCGGCCAAGCCCGCGCUGCUGGGCGACGGCCCGCUCCGCCCCGAGCACCCCGCCGCCGCCUACAUCCCCGCCCACCUGGCCCCGCCGCCCAUGGAGCAGCCGCCGCCCCCGCCCCCCGUCUCGUCCGCCCCCGCCUUCCUGUUCGCCUCCCCCGUCACCUCCAGGGUCACCACCUCGUGGUCGCCCCCGCCCAUGGCUCCCCCCCCGGCCCUGCUGCAGCCGCCCAUCCUCCACCCCGCCGCCCUCCCGCCCCACCCGCGCCUCCUGAACCCGCUCUACCUGACGCCCACCAAGGGCAUGGCGCCGCCCGCGCACUCCUUCGGGCCCGCGCCCCCCCACGCCGGCUACAGCACGCCCAUCGGCCACAAGCGCAAGAGCAACCACAUCCUGCCGUCGCCCGAGCCCUCGCCCGAGAACGGCUACGUGGGCCAGCACUCGCAGGGCAUCGGCGGCCACUACCAGGACUCGUACCUCACCAAGAAACUCAAGAAACACUGAGGGGGGAGCCGCCGCCGCAGGGGGGAGCCGCCGCCGCCGCCGCCGCCGCCGCAGGGGGGGCGCCCGGCGAAGGAGAGGCCGCGGGACCUCCAGAGGCCGCCCCCCGCCCCCUUCCCGUCUCCCCGAGAACAGAAAACACGCCCGCACGCCCACACCACACGGACACAAGCCCAUUCACACACAGCCACACAAACAAACCUCUCCUCGAACAUAUUCAUCUCUGGUUCUUUCCCCCCAGUUCUUAUUAUUUGUAAAUCUUAGAGUUAGGUUUCGCUUCUUCCAAGGUACAGACACAGUUUAACCACUUGUGCUUGAGAUGUAAAUAGAGUCCCGGCGAGGGGCGCGAGAGGCUUAGGGAACAGGGCUUUUUAGGAGCAUUCUUAGUCUUCGGAGAGAAUACUACUUGCAGAGUAUAUUGGUCAAGUUUUAUUUAAUUUCUAAUUAUAAUUAGAAUGUUCUAUAUUUAAAAGGGAAGUGUAUAUUAUCAUAUCAUAUGAAGGUAUAAGCAGCUGAGGAAUCUUCUACAGUAUAUAUAUAGAUAUGCGUAUAUCUACAUACUAUAUACCUACAGUAUAUCAAAAAACAAACUUGCAAAUCUAGAACCAACGUAGCAACUACCACAUACACAAAACAAAGUGCCUUUCAGAGCAAGAGUAGUGACUAUUUUAGCUGCUUUUUAAUUUAUUCUGGAGUUUGUGAAUAUCGAGUUUCUGAUAUUGAAGAAGUUUUGUAUGAAGCAUUAUUUUCAUACUAGUUUACUGAAGCAAAGGAAUUUGGAACUUAUGUACAGUGUGUCCUCAACAUAACGCUGGGCUGGGGACUCGCAGGUGCAGGAUGUGUGUGUAUGUCAAUAAGGGUCAUUUCUUUAAGGUUUAGCAUUAAGUGGUUGGGUCUUAUGCAUAGUGGUAAUAUAGCCCUAUCUUGUCCCCUGCCCAGUUGUUUGUUCUUAAGUAUGCUGAACUUCUUAUUCAUACGAUUUGAACACCCUCCCAGUCUUUACAGUGAGUAUUGUACUGUAAUUCAGGACUUUAGGGCGUAUUUAAGAGUCUUGUAAAAAAAAAAAAAGAUAUAGAUAUAUAUAAACAUACCACAGGCUUUUUGAGGCAUUACAUAAACGAAUGGCAUUGUGUAAUUGGCUUGCGUUCCCAUAAGGAUUGUAUGGGAAUUGGAACAGACACACACACACACACGGUACACACUUACACACACACACACACACACACACACACACGGUACAUACACACACACACACACACACACACACAACAGUUAUCGUUGGCUUUGCCCUUGCGACGAAGAGGUGAGAAUGAGAGUUAAGUGGUUCGUCUCUCUCUCUCUCUCUCUCUUUCUCUCUCCCACUUUUCAGAGUAUAUCGCGUGAGGUAACAACCAACUAAUUAUUUACCAAAAAAAAGAAAAAAAAUUGUUACUAAAAAAAAUGCAAAAAAAAAAGUUUGCCUAAGAGUUGGAUAGGAAUUUGGAAGUACUGUAACGAGAAGGAGCCUUAUGGUGAGUGUACAGAAGGCUCCAUUUUGCUGAUCUCGUCCUUGUCCAAUGUUUGUUUUGAAUUGUUAGUUUUAAUUAUUGAUAUUAAAAUUUUUUUUUUUUCUGGAAAGGGUGUUUGUGAGAAAAAAAAAAGACUUUCGAGGACAGAUUUUUUUUCUUUCUCUCUCUUUCUCGAAAGGUCACAAAUAUCCCGGAAAUAAAAGGGAAAAAAACAUGAUCUGUGACUCUGUGUUAUAAAGAAAAUUAUUUUUUUUUCUUUUCAAAUGUUAUUGUUAAUGUUAAAGCAAAACAUUAUAUUUAAAAAACAACAACUCUAGGAUUUGCCGUAGUGUUAGUCAUUUUGCUAAGGAUAUUGUGAAGGAUGUUUCAAAAGAAAAAAAA